CACGCGGAUCUGGACUCGUACACACGUCGAGUUGUGUUUGUUUGUUUGUUUGCUCGCUUGUCUUUUUCUUACUUUGUUAACAUGUCUGCCUGUGAGGAGGAGCUUAACGAGGAGAGGACGAAAAAGAAGGUGAAAAGGAGGACCAAGAAGGAGGAGAAACUUAACUUGGCGACGAAGGAGGAGGAGGACGGUGAGGAGCAGAAGCCGGAAGUGAAGAGCAGCGAGUGUGUUUUGCUGCGCGGGAUCUUCAAGGUGGGCAAGAAAAGCCACGACGUCCUGCUCACCAGCACCACGCUGACUUGGACACCCAUCACGCCGGAGAGCCCCACAGGUGAGGCGUGCUCGCCGCCCCCAGGUGUGUUGAUGCUGCGUGACGUCUUCGCAGCGAAGGUGAAGCGUCGGCGAGCGGCCGGCCAGCGCUGCGGCGGGCCUGUGCUGGGCGUGGCCUUGUUUUAUUGCAAGCGGAGGGGGAGGAGGCUGGAGGAGGACACGCUGCACCUUCACAACGCCUCCUCAGAACACACACACACCUGGUACAGUACCUUGAAGGAGCUGCUGGCAGGCUUCAGCAAUCGUCCCAGGUGUGUUAAGGUGUUCAUCAACCCGAGCAGUCACAAGAAGGAGGCGGUCCACAUCUACAGAGAACAUGUGGCGCCGCUCUUCAAGAUGGCCGACGUACGCACAGACAUCACUGUGACAGACAGGCGGGGCCACGCCCUCUUCGUGAUGAAAGAGCUCCAGCUGGAUGAAUUUGACGGGGUGGUGUGCGUUGGCGGUGACGGCUCCGUCGCAGAACUUUGCCAUGCUCUGGUCCUAAGAGCCCAACUGGACGCCGGGUCUCCUGAGAGUCCAGUGAGAGCUCUUCUGCCUCUGGGGAUCAUCCCUGCAGGUUCCACAGACGUGGUGUCGUGUUCUGUUCACGGGGUGAGAGACCCGGCCACCGCAGCCAUGCACGUCGUUCUGGGUCACCUGCAGCCGGUGGACAUGUGCAGCUUCUUCUCGCUGGGACAGCUGCUGCGCUUCGGCUUCUCCGCCAUGUUCGGCUUUGGCGGGCGGAGCCUGGCGCGGGCGGAGAAGAGGCGGUGGAUGCCGUCGUCGCGGCGACACGAGUACGCUCUGGUCAAGACCCUGGCCGGGCUCAGAGCAGACCACUGUCAGCUGAAUUUUCUAGUGAGCAACGCAGACCACGACCUGCCUGAGCAACUAGGCCAAGACCCAGUCCAGGACCAGGGUAGGAACUCAGAGGGGGCGGAGUCCUGGACCACUAAUCAGGGUUCAUACCUGAGCAUCAGCAUCAUGGCCAUACCCUGUCUCAGUCCUCACACCCCCAGAGGACUGGCUCCUAACACCAGACUAGCCAAUGGGAGCGCGGCGUUGAUCGCCGUGGGAGACACGUCCAGGUCGGAGUUCAUCAAACACCUGAAGCGAUACAACACCUCCGGUGAACAGUUCAACUUCUCCUUCGUGGAGACGCACACCGUGUCAGCGGUCAGGCUCCGCCCCAGGGCGCCCGAGGACGAGAGCGAGGAGGACUCGAAGACGACGCCCAUCAUCCAAUCAGACGCCACCUUUCCCUGGAACAUUGACGGGGAGCUGGUGGAGAUCGCCAAUGAAGUCGUCAUCAGGGUCCACCCUAGCCUCAUCACCUUGUAUGGAGAGGAGGUGGAUGAGGCCGAGGCCAAUGUGUCCUGCAGCUGCAUCUGAGGCCAGCAGAGAGUUUCCAUGGUGACCACACACUUUAUAAAUCUCUUUCCAUGGCUUCCUUUUGACUUCUGUUUGCAUGUUUAGCACUUUAGCAAACACCUUUACAGACUUUUAUUCUUCACUUUUUAUACGGGCUGUCAAAGGGCGUAAGAAGGCCUAUCAAACCCCGAGCUUCUGCUGGAAGAAAUGCACACAACUUUUCUUUGUCUAUGCACUCUCAAACACACUGUACAUUCCAGACAAUAAGCCACUACUUUUUUUCCUACGCUUUGGACCCUGCGGCUUAUAAAACAGUGGAUUUGUCUUCGCUGACGGCCAUAAUGUAAAUAGUUGACGUCGAACACAUGCAAAGAAAGUGCGUUAUGGUUUGUGCUAUGGCGCCAUCUUCUGGACAACUUUGCUCACUGCAGGUGUUGCUGGGUGAACAUGAAUUCCUUAAAGCCUUGAAUCGUAAGUAGAAGUGCCAUUCCGUCUUCUAGGCCUCCAUAGCAUUUCUACUCAUAUGGAUUCUUCAUUCAUCACUCCAAGGAACGUUUGUAAGUUUUACAAUAUAACUAAAGUCCCAUGCGUGAUGUCUGUCGGAGUGUUUUCAUGCUUAUUCGUACGUGUUAAUGUAAUGAAGCCAGCGUCGUUAGCAUUAGCUAAUAUGCUGACACGUUUACGAGUGUUUGUUAGUAUUAUUAACUUACAACGGCAUUCUUUUUGUAUUGUUUCAGUUUUGCAAAUUAACCAAAACCGUGGAGUAGAGAUGUCCGAUAAUGGCUUUUUGCCGAUAUCCGAUAUUCCGAUAUUGUCCAACUCUUAAUUACCGAUUCCGAUAUCAACCGAUACCGAUGUAUACAGUCGUGGAAUUAACACAUUAUUAUGCCUAAUUUUGUUGUGAUGCCCCGUUGGAUGCAUUAAACAAUGUAACAAGGUUUUCCAAAAUAAAUCAACUCAAGUUAUGGAAAAAAAUGCCAACAUGGCACUGCCAUAUUUAUUAUUGAAGUCACAAAGUGCAUUAUUUUUUUU